GUGAAGUUGAAGGUUUGCCCUGGUGAAGCUGCAAGGAAAAGUGGGAAGAGUGUAUUGUCUAGGUUUGUCCAUGAAGGCAGCCCACUGGGGGAGCUUCAUCGCUGUGUCCGAGAUGGUGUAAAAAUCAAUGUCCAUAUCCGCACUUUCAAAGGGCUUCGUGGAGUCUGCACAGGGUUUUUGGUUGCAUUUGACAAGUUCUGGAAUAUGGCCCUGACAGACGUGGAUGAGACAUACAGGAAACCAGUGAUGGGCAAAGCUUUCUAUGCAGAGCCUCAGCUCACGCUAACCCGGCUGUUUAGCAGACUCAAACUGCAGGAGUCCUCAGUAAAGAAGGGAGCUGACUCAAAGACUGUCUCAGAGGAGCUAGCCCUGACAAAUGACUCUCAGACGCUGGGAUCAAAAGCUGGAUCAGGACGAGGGAGAGCAGAAGAUGAGCGUGAGAGGCAGAAACGCUUGGGCAGAGCUGGAGAGAAGAAGAUGCCAGGUGACAUUUCACAUCUGGCUGCCAGAGGUGAAGCUGAUGUGGGCAGCGGGACUGCCCGCACAGAGGGUGCCAGUGCUGGUGGUACCCGUACAAGAAGCCAGUCAAGGAGAAAAAGGAGGCCCAAAGUGGAUUAUCAGCAGGUGUUCACACGUCACAUAAACCAGAUCUUUAUUCGGGGAGAGAAUGUCCUGCUUGUCCAUUUAGCACAUUGA